CCUAAUAGUCCCUGGUUUUGGUGUUUGGUGUUAACUCCUUUAUAAACUUCCUAUUCAGUAUGGGAAUCUUAGUGCGUCUUUUGAUUCUAUGCAGUGUUGCAGCUCUUACGUCAUCAGUUCUUCUGCGUGUGAUGCCAAGGUCACAAUCAAGUAGAAUAUUUUCAAGACGAUCCAGGCCACAAUUCAGCUUUGGAGCUUUUUCAUCAAUAUCUGAUGCAGACACCGUGAACCUCGGAGGGAGAUCCCUAGGACUCGGAAACAGUUUUGGAUCAUCUGGAAGAGGUUAUUUAAUGUUAAAUGGUGAUGCCCCCGAUGCUUACAAUCCAUACGAUUUGGGGGAUGCACCAGAUAUCUAUCCAAUUAUUGGGGGAUCAAGUUUAGGAGGCAGAGGUCUUAGUGGCUAUCAGCUUAUGUAUGAUCCUGAUAAUACAUAUGUGUUUGGUUAAAAGACAAAACAAAGAUAUUUCCUAUGAACAUUAUUAAGCUACAAACCAUCUGCAAUCCCUUCUUUGAAAUCAAUCGGUUAUACUGUGCUGAUUGCUGAAAAAUUCAAUGAAUUUUAUUUUUCAUAUAAACCGUUUGUGUGAAGAUCUUAAAAUCUGUAAGAACACUGAUUUUUUUUUAAUG